UUAUCUCAUUCUUAUUAAGCAAACAUUAAAGCACCUCAGGCGAGAUCACACCUCGGAAGGCUUUAUCAGAAAUAGUGAUAAAGGAAAUGGGUUGACUUCAUGUAUGCCUGUUUCAGUUAGCCGCACGAGCAUAGGUAUAAAAGGCAGCCUGUCAUUGCAGUCAGCUUAUCCUGCUUCUAGCUGCUGAUCCAAGAUGAAAGUCACCGCUGUCCUCCUCCUCUGUGGGACCCUGUUCUGCCGGGCAAACAGCAAUCGCCUGGACUCUUGUCAGGGACGUUGUGGUGCUUCACUGGACAACACGUAUUCCUGUCAGUGCAACGCUCACUGUGAGAACUUCAAUGACUGUUGUUCAGACUACUACACGUUGUGCAAAGAUGCAGCCACGUCUUGUUCAGGCAGGUGUGGUGAGCAAUACAACUCUCAGAACCCGUGCCACUGCAACUCUCUGUGCUCCCAGUACAACAACUGCUGCAGCGACUACUCACAGUUCUGUGACAGUAAGGGGAGUGCCACUGACGCAGAGAUCAAAGCUGUCUCUGAAACACUUUACACUCUGGACUCAAACAAAGCCUCAGCCUCCCAGUUGAAGAUUGACCCUCAGGCUCUGGUGGCAGAUUCCCAGACCAGCUCCCAGACUGACCUCUCUUCUUCCCGACUGUACAGCUACUUGGAUGAGGGAACUCUAUUUUCCAAGCCAACCUACGCUGCUUUCCUGGCUUUGCUGGACAAUUAUAACUGGAUGACCGGAACGACGGAGAGCUUCACCUCCCAGCAGCUGGCUGAGCAGGACACAUUCCUCAAGGAGACCAUGUCCAACACUGAGGUGGGCAAGGAGCUGUUUGCUUUCCUAUACACCAAAGGGUAUUAUGCAUCCGAGGCAGAGUUCAUUCAGGACCUGAAGAAUAUGUGGUUUGGUCUGUACUCUCGCUACAACGGAAAGAUGGACUCCAGCGGCUUUGAACACAUCUUUUCAGGAGAAAUCAAGGGAGGAAAGGUGUCGGGUUUCCACAACUGGAUCCAGUUUUACCUUCUUGAGAAAAAGGGAGAGCUGAACUAUUACAGCCACAGCUUUGAUGGGCCGUGGACAUCAUAUCCUGACGUUCUGGGGAUGCAGUUCAUGUGGAAAGGCUACUACAAGCAGGUCGGGUCUGCAAUCAUUGGCUGCAGCCCUGAGUUUGACUUUGCCCUCUACAGUCUCUGCUACAUCACUCGGCCAGGAAAACAGUGUCGCUUAAGUCUGGGAGGAAAGGAUCUCAUCAUCCAAACUUACACCUGGGAGAACUCCUUCUAUGGGGAUGGAAAGAAGUUCAUUGGCUCCGCCUACCCUGCAAGUCCUUAAAAACACUAGCUGGACUAUAUGUUAGUGACAUGCUUGUAUUUUAGUAAAGAUUUAACACAGAGACUUUCUUGACAUGGAUGUGGUCACUUAAGUGGCUCCUAGCUACGUUCAUUCAUUCAUUCAUUCAUUCAUUCAUUCAUUCAUUCAUUCAUUCCUCGGCUGAUGAAAUAAAGCAGAUCAGUUUGCAAAGCGA